CUCACCCAAACCUUUUGCAUCCCCUCCACCACCACCACCACCACCGCCCCCCUUCCCUCCUCCCCGACGAACACGGCACCACGAGACCCCACCCAGAUUUAGCCACCCUCCCACCGCGGCUGCAUUCCUCUCCCUUCCCCCGUUGGCAGGCGCUCAGGUCGUCCCCGUCAACCCCCGGCCCUGCGUGCUGAUUUCUUCUUCGGUUGUGCCGCUUGCAUACAAUAUUUAAAUGAAGGCAAAUAUGGGUACAAAAGCUCGUCCACCGCCUGCUGAUGCAGACAAAGGGGAGAUUGGUGAAAUAGAUACAAGGGCUCCUUUUGAAUCUGUCAAAGCUGCAGUUAGUUUAUUUGGUGAAGUCCGAUUUUCUUCUGACAAAUCAGCUGCGAGAAAGCCCAAAGCUCCUCAAGCAGAGAGGGUGUUAGCUAAGGAGACAGAGCUGCACUUGGCCCAGAAAGAGUUGAAUAAAUACAAGGAACAGCUGAGUAAUGCUGAGACAACCAGAGUACAGGCCCUCUCUGAGCUAGAGAAAGCUAAAAUAACUGUUGAGGAGCUAACCACCAAGCUGGAUGCUAUCAACAAGUCUAAAGAGCUGGCCAUUCAGGCAACAGAGGAUGCAAAGACUCGAACCAAGCAGCUUGAAGGUGGCAGCUCAAAUGAAGGUCUUGGCACAGAUGGCCCUCUGAAGCAGGAACUGGAAAGUGCAAGGGAGCAGUAUGCUGUAGCUUUGGCAGACCUUGAUGCAGCAAAACAGGAGCUUAGAAAGCUCAAGAAAGAUUUUGAAACCUCAUUGGAUAUGAGGUUGUCUGCAGCUCAGCAGGAAGAGGAAUCACUGCACACAACUGAAGCCAACAAGGAAAAGGCUAAUCAACUUCGUAAUGAGAUUGCAGAAAUUCAAGAGUCACUUAUGCACGUUAAGGCAGCUACACAGCAAGCACAAGAGGAGGAAUCACAAAUCCGUGCUGAGAAGGACGUUGCUAGGACCACAUACAAACAAGCUUUGGAAGAGACGCAGAAGAAAUUGUCAUCUUUGAGGAAUGAUUUUGAUCCUGCUGCUUAUGAAAGUCUCAAAGAGAAGUUAGACCAAACCAAUUCUGAGAUUGCAUCCAUGCAGAAAAAGAUAGAAGAUGCUCGGGCUCGGGAUUUAGAGUCUGUUGCUAUUGUCAGCACAGAGUUGGAUGAUGCUAAGGAAAUGUUGCAGAAAGUAGCAGAGGAGGAAAGUUCCCUUCGUGGUUUGGUGGAGUCACUGAAAGUUGAGUUAGAAGCUGUAAAACAGGAGCACAAUCAGCUUAAAGAGAAGGAUACUGAAACUGAAUCCAUUGUUGGCGAUCUACAUGUUAAGCUUCAGAAAUGCAAAUCCGAGCUCAAGGCAGCUGUAGCUGCUGAAUCCAAAGCAACAUCAGCUUCUGAUGACUUGAUGUUGGCCCUUCAGCAGCUGUCUUCUGAGUCAAAGAAUGCCCUGCAGGAAGCUGAGAUGAUGCAAAAGAGUGCGACAGAGCUAAGAGAUGAAGCUGAAAAAGCUCGGGUUGAAUUAGCAGAGGCUGAGCAAAAGUUGCAGCUGGCUUUGAAGGAAGCAGAAGAGGCAAAGGCAGCUGAAGCAAGGGCCCUUGAUCAGAUCAAGGAACUCUCGGAUAGAGCAAGUGCUGCUCGAGCCUCAACUUCAGAGUCUGCAGCAAAUAUCACAAUCUCAAAAGAGGAGUUUGAUUCUCUAAGCCGAAAGGUUGAGGAGUCUGAAAAGCUGAGUGAGAUGAAAGUUGCUGCUGCUAUGGCUCAAGUGGAAGCCGUCAGAGCUAGUGAGAACGAGGCAAUCAAGAAACUGGAAGCCGCCCGCAAGGAGAUGGAGGACAUGGAAUUGGCAACGGAGGAGGCACUGAAGAGGGCAGAGAUGGCUGAGGCAGCCAAAAAGGCUGUAGAAGGUGAGCUUAAGAGAUGGCGCGAGAAGGAGCAGAAGAAAACUGCGGAGGCUCAGCCUUCCACAGGAGAACAUGCAGGUACAUCUCCGCCUGUGCCGCAGGCUUCUGGCGGGAAAGCUUCUGAGAAGAAUGAGGGCCAUCAAAGAAACAGCAGGACGCUACUAAGGAAGAGCUUUAUGCUGCCAAACAUCACGAGCAUGUUCCACAAGAAGAAGGGCCACGCUGGCAGCAGUUCUCCAUCGUACCUUCCUGGGGAAAAAUCUGUGUAAUCUAUAUGAAGCUCUUGUUUGCGAGUUGAAAUUUCCAUACUUGAAGGCAUGGUCAGAUGCUAUAAUCUGUAUAAUAUGCUUGUAGUUGCUUGCGCCUUGCAGUAAAUUACUGAUAUAAUUUUAUAUAUGCAUGUUGUGGCUGUUUCUUCUACA